AUGGUUGUCGCCGCAAUCCAGGGCUUUGCAAGGCGCGGUUUAAUGGGCCGCCUGUCAGCUUCCUGCUCGCAGGAGGAGCCUCGGCCUGCGGGUCCCUCCCUGAAACGCGGUGUCAGAUGGUUACUGAUUAAUAUUUUGGAGAGGCAGCGGCGGCGGGUAGCGGGUCCCAGGUCUGGCAACCAGGGAGCUCCCGGCCCGGGCACCGCGAAAACCCGGAGAGGCUGCGCCCGGGACAUCCAUUCUCGCCAUCCCUUUUCUGCGACUGGCUCAGCCACGAUUCGGCGCCGAGCCGAAGUUCGGCCAGCCCAGCCAAGAGGGGUCCCAGCCCUCCAGAAAGACCGAGGACGCAGCGCCAACGCCCGAACGCCGCAGGGACAAGAGCGCUCGCUCGGUGGGCAGAGCCGGGGCUCGGCCCCAGCGGAUCCCGGCGUGUCUCGGCUCCGCCUCCGGCCCUGGCCCCUUUCCCCGGCCCCGGGUCGGGUCUUCCAUUCCACUGUUUGGCUCGGAGAGGCCGGAGACGUGCUCGGUGCACAGGGGGCCGGAUGCGGCCAUAAAUCUCCAUGCGGGACCUCCUUCCCGCUGCUCACACGCGGGUGCUCCCGGCCGGCCCCGCGUCCGGGGCUUCACCGAGCGCCCCGCUCUCCCAGUCACAGCCUGGGGUCCCUGAGACUGCACAGGGAGUCAAGCCAGGAGCUUCCCUGUUCACCAAAGAGAGGAACGGAUUCGCCCAUUCAGUGCCAUCACCUUCCAUCCCCACGGUCGCCCGGACCUCAGGCGGCCUGGGCCUCACCGGAUCCCGGCCUGGGGCUGGAAAUUUCUUUUGAUGCAAACUGGUCCCUGCUUCGUACCAGCUUUAACAGCCCUCUGACUUGGGUACCAUGGUGCCCGUUCGAUGGACAAGAAACCCCAGGGGAAGUGACAAGCUCACACAGCUCAGAAGUGGCAGCAAACACCCUCAACAAAGCCAGGCAAGGGGGUACAAACGUGGAGCCCCAGCAUCCCUGGGAGCCCCCAGCCUGACCAAGACCAGCUUAAAGAACUAUACUAACCCCCCCUGCCACCCCAUUUACUGCCCUUCCUCAUCAAUCCUCUCUACUCCCUGCUGCCUCUGUCCUGCCCCCGCCUAGGGGGAGGCGACAGAGGUCAGAGGUCAGUGGGAGUCCUUUGGGCCUAGGGUAUGGGCGGGUGAGGUCAGGCCUUCCUUGGGAGCAGGGCCCACAUUCUGCACUCCAGGGCUGGAGGGGGCUGCAGGCAGGAGUUCAGGGGAGCAGACCCCGGGUCCCCCACACCUGCUGUAGAUUCUGGCUCAGGACACACCUGGACAAUGACAUUUCCCAUCUCCCUCGGGGUCUUCUGGUUUCUGACACGCACACACACCGCCCCAGUCUCUGAGUGCUCUUGUGGGUGUUCUUGCUGCUGCUUGCACACACGUUCUGUCCCGUGCAUCUGUGUGUCAUGGGCACACUCAACACAGGCGUCCCUGCAACCCAGAGAAAUGGGGUGGUCUUCCUAAGGUCACCCAGCCUGGGUGGCAACAAGCAAGCCCAACCCGUUUCUGCCCAGCCCUCCACCUCCCGUGCUCCUCACUGGUGCUCCAGGGCCCACGGUGGCAUCGAGAGAGAGGGAGGGGACAGCAGCACCCAGCCUCGUCCCAGGUGUCCUGGGGUCCUCCCACACCCACAGGCUCCCAGGACCUCUGUCUCUGUCUCUCACACACGUGCGCGUGCACAC